AUGGCGACCUGCCCGUGUGAGCCGCACUCUGGUGAAGUAUCAGAAGAGGGAGGACGUGAGCCUCCAACAGAGGAGGGAGGACGUGAGCCUCCAACAGAGGAGGGUGGACGUGAACCUCCAACAGAGGGAGGACGUGAGCCUCCAACAGAGGAGGGAGGACGUGAGCCUCCAACAGAGGAGGGAGGACGUGAGCCUCCAACAGAGGGAGGACGUGAGCCUCCAACAGAGGAGGGUGGACGUGAGCCUCCAACAGAGGAGGGUGGACGUGAGCCUCCAACAGAGGAGGGAGGACGUGAGCCUCCAACAGAGGAGGGUGGACGUGAACCUCCAACAGAGGAGGGAGGACGUGAGCCUCCAACAGAGGGAGGACGUGAGCCUCCAACAGAGGGAGGACGUGAGCCUCCAACAGAGGAGGGUGGACGUGAGCCUCCAACAGAGGAGGGUGGACGUGAGCCUCCAACAGAGGAGGGAGGACGAGAGCCUCCAACAGAGGAGGGAUGA